GAAUUGUUCCCCGAACACUGUAAUAAUUUUUGUGGUGCAGCAUGGUGAUCCCAAAAAAGUUCAAGAAAAAGAAAAAUAAGAAGACUAAGGUCGCUUUAGUCUUCGAUGAAAAGGCUAGAGAGAGUUUCCUGACUGGCUUUAAAAAGAGGAAGGAUGAGAGACGCAAGAAGGCAAGAGAAAGCUUGGAACAACAGUUCAGGGAGGAGAAAGCCAGGAUCAGACAGAAGAACAAGGAUAAAAUGUUGAGCCGGAUACACAGUCAGAUUCCACUUGAGGAGGAAGAGGAGGUGCUUGAGUCGACAACCAUCGAGUUACCAAACCAUACUGUGUCGAUCACGGAGGUAUUGGAGGUGGAUCUCGCUGAUGAUGAUGGCACAAGGCUCGGAAGUAACAAGGCGGAUGAUGACGGUACAGAAGAAUCGGAAUGUGUUGAAGAGAAGGAAAAAAAGACCAAGAAAAGUGCAUUUAAGGAUAGAAGCAAACCAAACAGUAAAAGUACCGGUAAAGAGAAAUACAUGCCACAAUCGACACAUAAGAAAAAAGGCAAAAGAAAGCCACUGUUGAAUCCAUUCGACCCCACACCACAUACCAAGCCAAAGGGACAGCGAAGAAGUGGACGACAAGGUCAGUCACAACCAAAGAAGAAACAGGGAAGACGACAUUUAGCCAAGAGAUCUUGAGGGCCUAUGUUGAACUUUUCAGUGACAUUUUAUGAUGUAUUGGGCGAGUGUUUGGAAAGAGCUUCAGAAAUGGAUCUGAUUUGAAAAAACUCCAGAUUGGGCAGAGAAACACAUGGAGUAGGCCAUGAUUCCUUAUGAACGCCUCUGAUGGAGUAGGCCAUGAUUCCUUAUGAACGCCUCUGAUGGAGUAGGCCAUAAUUCCUUAUGAACGCCUCUGAGGGGAUGUUAGGAAUUUUAAGAAUUACAAAAUAAGGGGUUGAAAGCUGUUUUUUGAGAUGAAGACAGAAUCAUCUUUUGUGUCUGCGAGUGCAUACUUGUAUCGAUCUGCAAAGCCUUUAUGCGACUCAACACUUUCGUGAUUGAAUCUGAUGAGGAAUAUGAGACCAUUUUUUCCCAAACAACAACAAGACUUAUUGAAAUAAUGUAAAAUCAGUUGGGAACUGUGUAACUCUUCGAGAGAUGGCUCAUCACUCUGAUGUCAUUACAACUACAGUUGAGUCAAGUAUGCUGAAUUCAUACAUCUUUGUGUACAGUACAGAGUAAUUAAAUGAAUUAUUCAGCUGUUUACAUGAAAAUAAAUAUUGUAUUAUAUUCA